AUGUCGACCUUCGAACCCGUCAUUGUCAUCGACGGCAAGGGCCACUUGCUCGGUCGCCUCGCCAGCACCGUCGCCAAGCAGCUCCUCAACGGUCAGAAGAUCGUCGUCGUGCGAUGUGAGGCUCUUAACAUCUCGGGCGAGUUCUUCCGCGCAAAGCUGAAGUACUCGGCUUUCCUGCGCAAGCAGACCCGUUACAACCCCACCCGUGGUGGUCCCUUCCACCUCCGCGCCCCCUCCAAGAUGUUCUGGCGAACCGUCCGCGGCAUGAUUCCCCACAAGACUGCCCGUGGCCAGGCCGCCAUGGAGCGCCUCAAGACCUUCGAGGGUGUCCCCGCCCCCUACGACAAGAAGAAGCGCGUCGUCGUCCCCCAGGCCCUGAGGGUACUGAGGCUCAAGCCCGGCCGCAAGUACUGCACUGUUGGCCGUCUCGGCCACGAAUUCGGCUGGAAGUACCAAGACGUCGUCGCCCGUCUCGAGGAGCGCAGGAAGGUCAAGGGCACCGCGUACUACGAGCGCAAGAAGGCCCUCCGAAGGCAGUUGGCCGAGGCCAAGAAGACGGCCAAUCUGAUCCCAACAUGGUUUCUCUGGCGAGCCGCGCAGAUCGAGCCCGAUGCUACGGCAAUUUACCACAAGACAGCCAACAACAAGAUCUUGCGACGUUCCUAUGCGGAAGCUGCGGAUCGCGCACGAGGACUGGCAUACUACCUGAGAAAGCAUGGCUACAAAAGGGUGGGUAUACUGGCGACCAAUACCCCAGCAUUCCUGGAGAGCAUAUUUGGGAUUGCAGCAGCCGGGGCCGUAAGCGUGGCUAUCAACUAUCGGCUCAAGCAUGAUGACAUUAGCUACAUCUUUCAGCACUCGGAUGUGGAUAUGAUUAUUGUGGACGCGGAGUUUGUGGGCUUGCUCGAUGACUACAAAAAGGCAAAGCCGAAUGUGCCAAUUUUGGUAGACACGGAUACCGAUGCCACCGAGGGCCAGCUCUCAGGACCCUUUGACGACGCGGUGCUGGAGGGACUGAAGUACGACAUUGAACAAGGGGGUAAAGGGUGGGAAAACCUCGAGUCGCAAGCAAAGAACGAAGAGGAUGUCAUUGCGCUCGCAUAUACCAGUGGAACUACGGCCAGACCAAAGGGAGUUGAAUACACGCAUCGCGGCGUCUAUCUUGCUGCCAUGGGCAACAUUAUUGAAUCCGGCCUCAACUACUACAAAGGCCGCGCAAAGUAUCUCUGGACGCUGCCCAUGUUCCACGCCACGGGCUGGACAUUUCCCUGGUCCAUCACCGCCGUUCGCGGCACACAUUACUGUCUUCGCAAGAUCGAUUACCCAGAGAUCUGGCGCUUGCUCAAGGAAGAAGGCAUUACGCACUUCAACGCCGCACCCACCGUCAACACGCUCCUGUGUGCAGCAAAGGAAGCGGAGCGCUUACCCCAACCCGUGCGCGUGACCGUAGCAGCUUCACCACCCUCAGCCUGGCUCUUUGAACAGAUGUCUAACUUGAACCUCAACCCCGUCCACGUCUACGGCUUGACCGAAACAUACGGACCCAUUACAAAGGGCUACCACAUGCCGGAAUGGGAUACCCUACCUGAAAAGGAAAAGUACAGCCGCAUGGCACGCCAGGGCCACGGAUUCAUUGUAAGCCAGGCGCUGCGCGUUAUCAAGCCUGAGCAGCCUGCAGGCGUGUUAAUCGACGUGGAACGCGACGGCAAGGAGAUUGGCGAAAUCAUUUUCUCCGGCAACAUCUGCGCAAAGGGGUACUACAAAGAUGCCGAGGCGACGGAGAAGCUGUGGGAAGGCGGAUGGCUGCACACUGGCGAUCUCGCUGUCUGGCAUGAGGACGGCGCGGUUCAGAUUUUGGAUCGCGCUAAGGAUAUUAUUAUCAGUGGUGGCGAAAACAUAUCAUCCGUCGCUCUUGAGGCAAUGCUCUCUACGCACCCGGCCAUUCUGGAAGUCGGCGUCUGCGCAGUGCCCGAUUCGCACUGGGGAGAGCGCCCAAAGGCCUUUGUGACGACCAAGGAUGGCAGUGCUGACAGCCAGACGCUUGGCGCAGAGGUGAUUCAGUGGGCAAAGGAGAACAGCAAUAUUAGCAGGUUCAUGGUGCCAAGGGAAGUUGUUGUUGUCAAGGAACUGCCCAAGACGAGCACGGGCAAGAUUCAGAAGAACGUGUUGAGGGAGUGGGCGAAGACGGGCAAGGUGGAGUAA